AUGCCUAUUAUAGGAUUAGAUGGUUGUUUCUUAAAGGGAUACUAUGGAGGACAAAUACUAGCUGUUAUUGGUAGGGGCCCAAAUGACCAAAUGCUUCCAAUUGUAUAUGUUGUUGUUGAGGGUGAAACUAAAGAUUCAUGGAACUGGUUUCUAGAGUUAUUUGUACCUAAUUUGGGAGGAGUCAAGUUGUGCAGAACAUAUACCUUUAGUAGUGAUCAACAAAAGGGUUUGCUAUCAGCUCUUGAUGAAUUACUCGGCAAUGUUGACCAGAGAUUUUGUGUUAGACAUUUGUAUAGUAACUUCAAGAAAAUUUCCCUGGCCUGA